AUGGCCGACCGUGGGCAUUACCGUGGCGGAAGAGGCGGCGGUGGCCAGCACCGCGGAGGCCGGGGCGGACGUGGCGGCAGGGGCGCACACGGAGGUGACAAUCAGGAGCGGGAGCGCCCCAAGAAGGAGAACAUCCUCGACUUGAGCAAGUACAUGGACAAGAAGAUCACAGUCAAGUUCAAUGGCGGACGGGAAGUCACCGGCACACUGAAAGGCUACGACGCGCUCAUGAACCUGGUAUUAGAUGACGUGCUAGAGGUCAUGCGAGACGACGAAGGCAAGGAAGCUACACGGUCACUCGGUCUCGUGGUUGCCCGAGGCACUCUCCUAGUGGUCAUCAGCCCGGUGGAUGGAAGCGAGGAGAUUGAGAAUCCGUUCGCCCAACAAGCCGAGGAUUGA